GCAACUAUGUUAUAUAUACGCGAAGUAUCCAAUAAUUUAUAUGACCGUGAAAGGUGUGAUAUAUUUAUAAAUAAACAUGUAAAAUUUCGAGCAAAUUUAAUUUGAAAUUUGAAGCACACUACAUUGAGAAGAGAGUGCAUCCGUACCAUAUAUAAAUUGGAAUCGGAAAUGGGGUUUGAUUUCAGUUUUGAAGAUCGAUCUCUCAGGCUGUGAUGGCUUCAUUUUGUAACUUGAUGAUGAAUCCAAGCUGUGUUGUUGCUUGUUCAAAAAAUGGGUUCAAAAAAUCAAUUCUUCACGACCUCCAUGAACGGCAAGGCCAAAGCCCUUAUUAUGAUAAGAUUUGCCGCCCUGCCACUGAUCUGCUUCCCUUGUUAGCAUCGGGAAUUAAAGGUGUUACUUCCAAUCCCAAGAUAUUUGAGCGAUCCAUAUUGUCGUCCAAAGCUUACGACGAGCAGUUCAGAUAUCUAGCAAAAGAAGGAAAAGAUGUUGAAAGUGCAUACUGGGAACUUGUAACAAAAGACAUAAGGGAUACUAGUGCAAUCUUAGAACCAAUCUACAAAGAAACAGCUGGUUUAGAUGGUUAUGUCUCCGUACAAGUUUCCCCGUGGCUUGCUGAUAACACAGAGAAGACAGUUGAGGCAGCUAAAUGGCUUCAUAAAAAGGUUGGUCGGCCAAAUGUGUAUAUAAAAAUUCCUGCAACUGCCGAAUCCAUACCCGCAAUAAAGCAAGUCAUUUCCCAAGGAAUAAGCGUAAAUGCAACUUUGAUAUUUUGUAUAUCCACAUACGAAAUGGUAAUCGAAGCUUACUUAAAUGGCUUGGAAUGCUCUGGAUUAAGUGAUCUCUCAACCAUUUCUGGCGCUGCUGCUUUCUACAUAAGCAGGGUGGAUGCUAUUGUUGAUGCAGAGCUUGAAAAAAUAGCAACCCAUCAGGCCCUUGAGCUCAGAGGAAAGACAGCAAGAGCUCAAGCAGCGAUUGCAUAUAAGAUAUUCAAGGAGAAGUUUUCGGGCCCAAGGUGGGAGGCAUUGGCAAAGAGAGGAGCCAAGAAGCAGAAAUUGAUGUGGGCCUCAACUAAUGUGAAAAAUCCAGCGUACCCCGAUACCUCUUAUAUUGAUCUUCUCAUUGGACCAGAAACGAUAUCAACUAUACCAGAAGAAGCUCUAGCGGCAUUCAUGGACCAUGGCAUUGUUUCAAGAACUCUAGAUUCAAAUAUGGAGGAGGCCGAGAGUGUUUUCAGGGGAAUUGAGAAAUUGGGGAUCGAUUGGAAGGCCAUUGGCUCGCAGCUUGAGGACCAAGUGUUGGACUUGUUCAAGAAAAGUUACGAUGCUGUUCUUUACAGCUUGCAGCACAAGGCACUGAUUUAUUAGCUGCCCAUUGUUCAUGACGUUUUAUAGCAUUGUUUGUGUUGAUGCUAAAGUCGAAGGUGAAAAAAUUAGAAUGAUGAAGUAAUAAUUUAAGCUCAUAUGGAGUUAUAAUGAAAUAUUUUUUUAGGAGAGACUUGAAAUUUUUAUUUUCUUUUUAAAAGUUGGAGGUGGG